CGGCCUCGCCCGCCAGGGUCAACCCUCCUCCUCCCUCCUCCUCUUGCUCCUGCCUCCCGUGCAACAUGGCGGCUGCAGCGACGGUGUCCCGGGCUUGGCAGCAGCUCCGCUACUCAGGUUCUUUACUUCAGUUUCAACAUGGCCGAACUGCCGCCCAGAGACUCAGGUGCCCUGCUGCCCAGAGGAGGUCGUUCAGCAACAACAAGAUCCUGGUGGAACUGGAUGAGGGCACAGGGGUAGCAGUGAUGAAGAUGAAGAGCCCACCGGUUAACAGCUUUAGCCUGGAGUUUCUGACGGAGUUUUCCAUAAGCCUGGAAAAGCUGGAGAACAACAAAGCGUGCCGCGGUGUCAUCCUGACCUCGGUUGUCCCCAAAAUCUUCUCCGGGGGCCUGGACAUCACCGAGAUGUGUGGGAAGAGCGAGGAGCACUACGCCGAGUUCUGGAAAGCCGUGCAGGAGAUGUGGAUUACUCUGUACAAUUCCAGCCUGGUGACCAUUGCAGCUAUCAAUGGUUCCAGUCCCGCAGGCGGCUGCCUGAUGGCAAUGUCUUGUGACUACAGGAUCAUGGCCGAUAAUCCCAAGUACAGCAUUGGGCUGAACGAGACGAAGCUGGGAAUUGUUGCCCCUUUCUGGUUUAAAGACACAAUGAUCAAUACCAUUGGCCACAGAGCCACGGACCGGUCCAUCCAGCUGGGACUCCUGUACCCUGCCGCUGAUGCCCUCAAAGUUGGCAUCGUGGAUGAGUUGGCGCCCGAAGAGAAUAUCCAGAAGGUGGCUGCAGAGGUGAUGGCCCAGUGGCUGGCCGUUCCAGACCAUGCCCGCCAACUCUCCAAAUCUUCGAUGCGGAAGCCCACAGUGGACCACCUCCUGGCGCACCGUGAAGCCGACAUCCAGUACUUCGUGCGCUUCAUCUCCAGGGACUCUAUCCAGAAAUCCCUCCAGAUGUACAUGCAGAUGCUGAAGCAGAGGAAAGCCUGACCUGAGAGCGGGGCAGCCUUGAUUCCUGGUCCCUUGACCUCAUCACUGUUUAUCUCAAGCGCCUUUGUUUCCCAGCUUGUGCCUUUUGCACAGAGUUUUGCUCUUGAGGUUUAUAUUCCUUUGGAUGCUGGAUCUCAGCUUGCGGGCAAGUGGGGCUGAGGCCCGUUCUGCAGGGGGCACGUUAGCCACAGGCUUGCUUUUCGGGCACUUGGGAAGAACCAACUUUGCAAAAUGUGAACGGUCAAUAAAUCAGCUAAAAGAGAG